UCGGCUCGUACUUCUCGACGCAUUCCGCCAGUCGUGGAUGAACUUUUACCCGAGUAAAAUAGCUGCUGCCGUCUUUCAAGUUCGUCGACAACAAUGAAAUUUAUCGCUGUCGCUUUGCUGUGCGCAAUCCUCGUAUCAAGUAUACUUGCCGAUCUGGAAGGGGCCAAAGAAUGGGAAAAUUUCAAAUCGCAAUUCAAUAAAAAAUACGAGGGAGACGAGGACCAACAAAGGAUGAAAAUAUUCUUAGACAAUAAAAAAUUGAUAGAAGAGCAUAACGCCAAGUACGCCAAGGGUGAAGUCAGUUACACUUUGGGCAUCAAUCAGUUCGCCGACUUGACGAAGGAGGAAAUAAAAAAAUUCCACGGAUAGAGCACAGACGCAAAUUACUCGAGAAGUCGAGAGCGAUACCGGAAAGCUUCAAAAGUCUAAGAUAAUUGCAAAAAAAAAAUAAUGUUUUAACAAGCUGUGCUACUUGACGUUUAUCGGCAGAGAUGUACUAAAUAAAUUAUG